CGGCCGUGUCCCCUCCCCGCACCGCCCCCGCGCCGCUCCGCAGUGCCGCCGCCGGUGCCGCGCUGCGCCGAGCCCGGCUCUGCGCGGGGGGCAGAGGGCGGCGGCCCCCGGGCGGCGGGACCCCGGCCCAGCCUGGCUGAAAGCACCAGGUUACCUUCGUCAGCAUCGCUGCUAUCUGAGAGCACGGGCAGACAGGCAAAGGGACUGUCGGCACUUGUCGGCGGAGCACCGGUGUGCCCAGACUCGCUCCGCGUGUCCCCGCGUCCCCUCGGCAGCGGGUGAUGACUGACGCGGUGGUGGGUGGCAGCUCUGACCGGUGGAUGUGCCCCAGCGAUAGGACCAUGUCUCUCCGGGCCAGGCUCCCCGCCGGCUGGGCGGCGCGGGGGGGCCAGCCCGACCGGCAACGCAAGGGCGAGGAGCUGACGGACGAGGAGAAGGAGAUCAUCAACCGAGUCAUCGCCCGGGCCGAGAAGAUGGAGGAGAUGGAGCAGGAGCGCAUCGGGCGGCUCAUGACGCGGCUGGAGGACAUGCGCCGCAGCGUGCUGGGGGACGGGGUGAACCGCUGCAUCCUCUGCGGGGAGCAGCUGGGGCCGCGGGGAUCCGCCUGCGUCGUCUGCGAGGACUGCAAGAAGAACGUCUGCACCAAGUGCGGGGUGGAGACCACCAACAGCCGGCCCCACGCCAUCUGGCUCUGCAAGAUCUGCAGCGAGCAGCGGGAGGUGUGGAAGCGCUCCGGCGCCUGGUUCUUCAAGGGUUUGCCCAAGCAAGUGCUGCCCCAGCCGAUGCCCGUCGGCAAGAACAAGGGACCCCAAGCCCCCAGCGAGCCCAGCCCACCGGAGCCGCCUGCCCAGGACCCGAAACUGCCCUCCCGUGCACCCGCCCGAGGCAGCGAUGCGACGGCGGCUGCCCGGGGCAGCUACGCAGCGCCUGGCCGCAAGCCGGCCGAGGGCAGUGAAGACACCGGCGGGGACAUGGAUAGCCGCGACUACGCUGCCGAGAGCGGGGUCAGCAGGAGCCCCGGCGUGAAGAGGACCAACUCCCUGCAAGCCCAACGGCCGCCCCCGCCAGCCGCUGCCGGCCCCGCUCCUGGACCCGGUCCAGCAGCACCCACAGCUCCGCCGGCAGUGGGAAGACCGGGUCCUGGGGCAGCUGGCCGGUUCCCGGAAAGACAAGCAGUGAGCCCACCACUGGGACCCCCGGAGCCGGCCCGUGCUGCCGCCAGGGAGGAGCGAGGAGGGGGCUACGCCGUGCCCCCCGCCAGAGAGGAGAGGCCAGCUCGGCAGCCCCCCACCUUCCCGCAGCCCCCCGCCAUCUCGCCGGCACCCAGUGCCCCGCUACGGCAGCCCCCCCAGGAGGAAGAGGAGGAGGACGCCAACAGCUACGACUCUGAUGAAGGCACUACGCUGGGAGCACUGGAGUUCAGCCUGCUCUAUGACCAGGAGAACAGCUCGCUGCACUGCACCCUCAUCAAGGCCAAAGGCUUAAAACCAAUGGACUCAAACGGCCUGGCGGAUCCCUACGUCAAGCUGCACCUCUUGCCUGGAGCCAGCAAGUCAAAUAAGCUGAGGACGAAGACUCUGCGCAACACCCGUAACCCAGUGUGGAACGAGACCCUGGUGUACCACGGCAUCACAGAUGAGGACAUGCAAAGGAAAACACUCAGGAUCUCCGUGUGUGAUGAAGAUAAAUUUGGCCACAAUGAGUUUAUUGGAGAAACUAGGGUUUCCUUGAAAAAACUCAAAGCCAAUCAGAAAAAGAACUUCAACAUCUGCUUGGAGAGAGUAAUACCAAUGAAGCGUGCUGGAACGACUGGCUCAUCCCGUGGGAUGGCACUGUAUGAAGAGGAGGUAGAUCGUGGCGGGGAUGUGGAGGAGCGUGGGAAGAUCCUCGUGUCCCUCAUGUACAGCACCCAGCAGGGCGGCUUGAUCGUCGGCAUCGUACGCUGCGUGCAUCUAGCAGCCAUGGAUGCCAACGGAUACUCAGACCCUUUCGUUAAGCUUUGGCUGAAACCCGACAUGGGAAAAAAGGCCAAGCACAAGACACAGAUUAAGAAGAAAACAUUGAAUCCUGAGUUUAACGAGGAGUUCUUCUAUGAUAUCAAACACAGCGAUCUGGCCAAGAAGUCACUGGACAUUUCCGUCUGGGAUUACGACAUCGGAAAAUCGAAUGAUUACAUUGGCGGCUGUCAGCUCGGCAUUACGGCUAAGGGAGAGCGCUUGAAACACUGGUAUGAAUGUUUGAAGAACAAGGACAAGAAGAUUGAACGCUGGCACACCCUCCAAAACGAGAACCACGUUGCCAGUGAUUAAAGGGAGCCGCUGCCCGAACCUCCCCAAACGGCCCGUCCUCUGCCAAGCCCCUGUAGAUCUCCGAUGUCCGUCUUCCAGCGCAGUCACGCCUUGCUACACGUCUCUGGUCCCAGGGCAGCAACGCUCUCCUGCCUCCUCCAAGCAUCCUCUGUGCCCGCUCCUCGCCUCCACCCGAAAACUAACCCAGAUCUUUUGUAUUCACUUCCUUUGUGUCAUUUUUUUUUUUUUUUUUUGGGGGGGGGGGGGGGCGGGCAGGGGGGAGAGGGGUCGUUGAGUUGUCCUGGUGUGUAACUUUGUCAAGCAAUAGUUACCCUCUGACUGUUCCUCUUUCUCACUAGUCUCACGCACGCUGUGGUAGCCUUCCUGUUGUGUGUGUGAUGCUCUGUGUUCCUCCAGCCUCCGCUCGCGUGGCUCGUCCCAUCGCCCCCAGCUCGUGGCUCCUUCAUCUCCCAGCGGGAUGCGUGGCCACCGGCCCGGCCGUGCUCUCGUCCGGCGUCGGGGCGGGGGGGGGCGAUGAGUGCUGGUGUCAGAGCAUCGGCCUGUUCUGCUUGUGUGAUAUCGAUACCUCAGUUGCAAUAAUGAAAAAGCUGUUUGGCUUUGGUGUGGGUCGUAACCGUAGCCUGGUAUCUGUGUUGUCGUGAUUA